GCAAAAGAAAGAGAGCAACAAGUGUGAUGUCUUACAGUGGUUUGGAUUCUGACUUUUGCGAAAUGAUUUUAGGAAAUAUUUAUUCUUCGACAGAUUGGAUGCUGUUUUAAGACUGGGGAAAUAAUUUACCUAGCCUAUAUAAUAAGAGCACUAUCCUCCCUACUUCUUAUAAACAAACGGUAAGUAGGCUACUGCAGGUGCACAAUAUUAUAACGAAUUUUCCCUGUAGCCUAUUAUUAGAAACAUUUUAUAUUAAUAAUUUGAAGAAUGAAAAUGACGAUGGAUUCAUGAAGACUAUAAUGGAAUUAAUACAUUUUACAAUAAGCUUAUCCAAGUCAGUGAUGUUUUAAACAUAAUUAGCCAAUCAUAUGCUUUUGGAAAGAAAACGCUUUGAAUUUCUGUCUUUUACAGCGUUAUAUUUCAGGAUACAUACAUAGUUAAAUAGAUAAUUGAAAAAGGCCUACUGAUAGAUCAUUCUCUUGUAUUGGACUUCACAGCAUAUUCCGGAAAUGAAUUAGUGAGAAAGUGUGAAAGUAUUUGGUUAUUUUAUUGUUUAAAAUAUUUACAUUUAAAACAUGAGUGUUAACAUAUAGUUAAACAACCUACAUUGACUGAAUUUACACAUAUGACACAAUAUGUCUAAGAAUAAUGUAAUGGUCAUUUAAUUAUUGUUUCCCUCGCUCAGAAUAGCUCCAUCAAAAUUUUUAUAUCAGCCUACCUAAAAAUCUUGAAAGUUUACAGACUAAUAAACUGUACAUUAUAAAAUGUUAGGCCUAGCCCUACAUAAAAACAUUUAGAGUCGUCUAUAAGCAUUUAUCAUAAUAAUUUUUUCCAACAGCGUUGUCAUGCCACGAUCCUUUUUGGUGAAAAACAAGAGGUGCGCAUCUUACAAUGUGCACCGCUCUUACGAAGACGAAGCCGAACCGAGGGAACCUGAAUUUACAAGUAAGAAUGUCAAUAUUAUCAUGGCGACACAACAAGACUUUUACAACUGUAUAAUGACAAGUGUAUAAUGAUUUGCCAGUUAUUUCAUGCAUUGCAGUUUAUAAUGAAUCAAUUGACACAGUCACAAUACCAUGUUUAGAUUUCCUGGUGAUUUAUUCACAUCCCUGUCCAUCAUAGACUAGUCAUUUUUAAUUAUCUGAUUAAAUAAAGGCUAUUGCUAAAAAUACAUUAUAAUUUAGAUUUAUUUGACUUGAGGAAAGUGAAUCCAUAAUGAUGCAUUGCAGCAUAAUUUUAUGUUAAACAUCAUCAUAGAAAAUGCAUUACAUUUGAGGACAGAUGCAACACCUGAUGGACUAGAAGUAUCUCCAAAGCAAGGGAAAUAUACUUGGACUGUUAUUGAUGUUUGGAUUUGUCAGUGCAUUCAUGCUUCACUGAAUUCCUUGAAUUCAUUGGAGUUAUUGAAACUAAGUGGUUAGGGCGGGUUUCACAGAUAUGCAAAAGAGACAUUAUUCUGAAGGAUUAUAAAACUUCAGUCUACACUGUACAUUUAUGUACAUCUUGACAGACAAAAUAUUUUGACUUUAUGUUGACACUCAAUUAAUCAUAUUUGCAAUUGUGAAUUGACAGGUGUGAUCUCGUCAGAACCACAGAGUCCAGAGUCUCCAGUCAGGCCUCAGUCAGUGGGUCAGCCCUCCCCUCCUGACCCAGACCCCUAUUCUAACAUCAAACCAGAGCAGGAGCCUGAACGCCAAGUCCCCUCUUACCCUAAACCAACAGGAUACCCUGUUGGCCCUGCUCCACAGCCAUACUACUUAUCAGGUGAGAGACUCUCCAACUGGGCUGGGAUGUUGUGAAGGGAUGACAUGAUGUCCCACAAAAAUUGUUGGGAAUAGAAUAGAAAAUAGUAGAACCUUAUUGGUCCUAAAUGGGACAACAUAUGAUUCAGAAGGUUUUUCAGAGGAAGUGUUCAUUGACUCAAUUCUCUUAUUCCGUCUACCCUCAGAGGCUCACAUGGCAGAGUUCCCUCCCUUCUACAAGCCCUCCUACACCUGGGACCCUGUACAUGCACCCUAUGAUAUCCGUCAGAUGGGCUUCCCCCCCUCCCUCCUGCAGCACGCCAGCAACCUGUACGGUGCUCACGUCAGCCACAGCCCUAAGCCACAGCAACCUCUAGACUGCAGCACACACUACUCACUCACCUCUGACACUUAUCACUGCACAACCUGUGACAAGGUACGUAUGCAGGAGUGGAGUCACAGCUUUCUCUUUACACUGUGUGACUGACAAUAGCUAAUGGGCCUAUACAGAAUUAAACUGCCACAACACACAGCAUACAAAGAUUUCACAAAGCCACCAGAGGGAAAGUUGUGCAUGUGUUCACAUAUCCCUAUUCAAAACACCACAUCUUUUAAAUUCAUCAGUCUUUAAAUUGACAUCGAUAUUGUGACUAGCCGGUUGAUAACUCCCCUGUCCUCCUCUGCCACGGCAGGUGUUCUCAACCCCUCAUGGUCUGGAGGUUCAUGUCAGACGCUCCCACAGCGGGACCAGACCAUUCGGCUGCAGCAUCUGCAGGAAAACCUUUGGCCACGGCGUCAGCCUGGAGCAACACAUGAAUGUCCACUCACAGGUACUCACAAUGCACAGUGUCUGGUUGGAGAUUAAGGAAACAAGACAGACAACCAGAUAUGUGUACUCUGGCACAGUGCCAAAAUUGUCUAAGUUCUGUGUGUACUUCCAUGGAAAAGUAGCCCAGGGUACUUGAAUGAGAAUUAUAAUAUUUGAAAUGUGAUGAUAAAAUCACUUUUUUAUUGCACAGCAGGAAAUGCAAACGUGUAGUGCAUUCAAGGUUUAAAAAGGCAUCUAGCCUCCCGAGUGGCGCAGCGGUCUAAGGUACUGCAUCGCAGUGCUUGAGGCGUCAAUACAGACCCGGGUUCGAUCCCGGGCUGUGUCGCAGCUGGCCGCGACCGGGAGACCCAUGUGGCAGAGCACAAUUGGCCCAGCGUCGUCCUGGUUAGGGGAGGGUUUGGCUGGCAGGGAUGUCCUUGUCCCAUUGCGCUCUUGCAACUCCUGUGGCGGGCAUGCAUGCUGACAUGGUCACCAGUUGUACAGUGUUUCCUCCGACACAUUGGUGCGGCUGGCUUCCGGGUUCAGCAAGCAGUGUGUCAAGAAGCAGUGCGGCUUGGCAGGGUCGUGUUUCGGAGGACGCAUGGCUCUCGACCUUCGCCUCUCCCGAAUCCGUACGGGAGUUGCAGCGAUGGGACAAGACUGUAACUACCAAUUGGAUAUCACGAAAAAGGCAUCUAAAGAUUGUAAUUUCCACUUUAAAAUGUCAGACUUGAUUUGCCAUAAAGAAAAUGUAUCAACCCCUACAGAAAAAUGUCCAUUAAAUAUUAUCCACAUAUAAUUCACAUUUCCUGUUGCUGCAGGAUUAUUUUCCUGCUGUAACAAACUAGCUCAAAUUAAGAUCCUACAUCUGUACAUGUUUCUUUAAACAAAGGAAAGAAGUUUUGAAUGCAAGAUGUGUGGAAAGACGUUCAAACGCUCCUCCACCCUCUCCACCCAUCUACUCAUCCACUCAGACACCAGGCCCUACCCCUGUCAGUACUGUGGAAAGAGAUUCCACCAGAAGUCAGACAUGAAGAAACACACCUACAUCCACACAGGUGAGGAGAGAAGAGCAUCCACAUAGCACCAAAGUUAGGGAUUCAAUUACUUAUUUGAGUGUGUUGUAAUUUCUCAGAAAACUAAAAGGCAACUUUAGCGAUUGCCUCUCUCUGUAGUUCUCUGCUUUCUAGGUGCUAUUAACAUGA